CAAGAACAUAAUCAAUUAUUGGGAGGGUUAGUUAUUAAGGUUAGGGAAAAAUAAAAUUCACUUUGAAACACAUAUACUUCAAAAUUUUCAUAAACAAAAGAAUUAAUAAAAAAUAAAACUGUUCAAACUUUUCGCGCCCCAUGAAAAUAUGAAAGUUCCGAUACAACGGCGAAUAUUGGAAGGCGAAACGUGUCUCAACUCCGUCUAUUCUCAAGAAAUUGAAGUUUGUCGCAUGUUUACUUGAUAGCCUGCGUGCUCGCGUGUGACUAUCACUUAUAAUAACCAGAGAUAACAAAUGUAUAUCAUAUUUCCGGUUAGUCCGAUUAAUUAUGAAAUGAUUAAUGUAUUUAGAGUAUGGUAGUCUUCUUUUUUCGUUCUUUGUGUAAGCCACAAUAGGAGAAAAAAGAAAUCAAUAUGAUAUGAGAGUGUUUUCAUGUAUUUUUUAAGUGAAACCCUAAAAUGACAAGUCAUAAACUUGCGAAGUCUCAUCCUCCUCAAAUAGAACUGUCUUCACAGCCAACAAUUGUUGGGAAAGCCAUAAUUUAUCGUCGACCAGAGAAUUUGAAUAGAUAUCGUUGACAAAACUGCGAAUUUCUUCGCUAGAAGUGGUCCCGAGCUUGAGUCGAGGAUUCAUCAAAACAAAGUUGCGGAUCCCAAGUUUAACUUCCGGAACGUUAGCGAUGCUUCGAAUGACAAGGAAAAAGGAGAGUCAGAGAAUGGAAAAGGGAGCAACAAGAUUAUGCAACCUGCAUCUAUGCCACCGAGUUACGGACAAGUGAUAAUCAUAAAGGAUUAUGGUUCGAAGCAAAAGACGGCUAAAACUUCUCGCCCUGCUGCUUCCGAGGAAUAUCUCAUAUCUCCCCUUACGGGAGAGAGGAUUGCGGCAAGUAAAAUUCAGCAACAUAUGCGCAUUGGUUUGUUAGAUCCUCGUUGGAUGGAGCAACGUUACAAGGAUGUGCAUACAAAAUCGCAGGUAACUGUCCUUGCCCUAGGAAGUGCGAUUGAAGACAGUCUCAAGCAACUUGCGGAGAGACGUACCGACAUUUUCGGUGUCGGUGAUGAGGAGACAUCGAUUGGUAAGAAGAUUGGAGAGGAAGACAAGAAGAAGGAUGAUAAUGUCACCUGGGACGGACACAUGUCGAGUGUGGAAGCAGCAACAAGAGCGGCAAGGGUAAAUAUUCCUCUUGAAGAACAGAUUCACCAAAUACACAAAAUGAAGGGCUUGGUGUCUGAUAAGGAGAAAAUCGGACCAAAACCAGUUACUCGGCCCUCGGAAUUAUUAUACUAUACAACCGCGGCAUCGAACUAUCAGCUAGAACCGCCGAUGAUGACGAUGGCACCUGUGCCGCGAAUUUUGACGUCUGCGAAGUCGCCGUUCAUGUGGACUGCGCCACCGAAGGAAGAAGAACUUUCACUCAAGAAAUUCCGAACGGAAGACUCUUUUAUAACCGAACAGCAGUUUUUGGAUAGAAAUACGGGUAACUAGUACAGCUAAGCAUUGUAGUACCAUUGAUGGCUGACAAGACCGAAUGGAAGUUGAAUGGUCAGACUUUGACAAUUACAUUAGAGCCUAGUGACACCGUAUCCGUUAUGAAAACGCGUAUUCUUGAACAAACAGGAAUGCCCACUGGAAAGCAGAAGCUUCAAUACAACGGAUUAUGCCUGAAAGAUAAUAACUCACUUGCCUAUUAUAACAUGAUAUCCGGCAAUGUCAUAAACCUCAAACAGAAAGAGCGAGGGGGUCGCAGAAAGUAAUAUUCUUCGUAUCAUUACAAAUUUGUGUACAGGUACAUAUUUUUAUUUAUACACAACGAAAAAAAUGAACCGGGCGUUGAUUAUUGUAACUUUUUAUUUUUAUAAAAUGAAUGAGGUGAAAUUAUGAAUGUUAGCUAGUGUGCGUGUCAAUGUAAGGCUUUGGGCAGACAAUAAUAUCUGCUUCUCAUACUGUAAAUAGGUCUAUCCUAAUCGUUAGAAAAUUAGCAAAAAUCGUAUCGUUUCUAAUGUAAAUAUAUAAUCCCAAAAAUGUAUUUUUCAAUAAAAAUGUAAAGAAUUACAAAA